AUCAAGCACGCGGCUAGUUCCCUCUUGCACAUGCUCUAUCAGAGCUGAACCUGCAUCACUGGUGUGGGACCUGUACAGGCACGCGUAGACUCGGGGAUAAACCCCGUGAUCUACGUGCAGCCACAAGAGGGACAGGCCCCGCUAUUCGAGUUCUUGUUGUUGUUGUAUUAAAACUAAAUGUUGAAUUACAUUGUUUUAACAUUGUUUUAUUUUAAAGAACAAAUACAAGGCAAUCAUUUAUUUCUCUUAUCGCAGUUAGCAGUAAAAUAAAUAACAUACAUUUUAAUCUAAUUAUGAUACUGUGAUGGUGGGUUAAUUAAAUAAAAUUCUUAUCAUUUAGUUACCACGACUCAAAAGAGGUACAUCACCGCCAAGCAACAUGAUACAUAGUGUGAUAAAAACAUUUUUCGUAUUUUGCUUUGUAAUAAAUAUUGCAAGUGCUCUGAGUGACUUAAAAAAUGAAAACGAAAUCGAAGGUAAGGUUGUAGUUGUUACGGGAGCAGCACAAGGUAUCGGUUAUGCUAUAGCUGAUAACUUUUUGAAAAACGGUGCAAAAGUCAUAAUUAUACUGGACAUAAAUGUACCAAAAGGUAUACAAGCUGCGAAAGAGUUAAAUUGUAAGUACGGAAAGAAUAAAGCUGAGUUCAUUGAAUGCGAUAUUACUAAAGACUUGGAGAGGGUCUCGAAAAUGAUUUAUAAGAAAUACAAGUAUGUGGAUGUAUUGGUUAACAAUGCAGGAAUAGGUGAAGAAAAUAAACCAAGGAAACUCCUGCUGACAAAUGCUGUAGCUACUAUUGAAUUUUCUCUCAAGUUCAUGGAAAAUAUGAGAAAAGACAAACUAGGUGGAAAAGGUGGUACUAUAAUCAAUAUAGCGUCAAUAGUAGUGCAUUACAUUGAUCCUUUCUUCUUUACGUACAGAGGAACGAAAUUUGCCAUCAUGGGAUUCUCACGAUCUUUAGGACAUGAAUACAACUACAAAAAGAACGGUGUGAGAGUACUAACAAUAUGUCCGGGAGCAACAAAUACAACACUGAUUUCAAAUAAUUUCAAUCUGGAUAGUGAAGAUGCGGCAGCUCUUGCUAAAGAGUUUCAAUAUCAAAUUAUACAAUCUCCCGACAAUGUAGGGAAAGGUGCUGUGGAAAUAUUCAAAAACGCUAAAACUGGUUCGUCUUGGGAUAUCGAGAAUGAAAAACCUCCUGUUGAGUCGACUGACACGAUAAGAGUUUUAAAAAUUGGUGAAAGCCAUUGAUAUUUUCUUUUCAAUUUGUAUAACGAUAAAUCAGUUUGAUCAGUUUUGGGCAUAAUUCUUGAAUAAUUCGAACGAUGAUUAAAUACAAAUAAUAUUUAGAAAAAUGAAUUUAAUUUCAAACAAAAAUUAAUGUAAAAAACAAUUAUUACUUCGUGUUAACCAAUAGGGGUAUAA